UUAUGGACUUUGAAGUGUACACCGAUCAGCUAUGACAAUAUGACCACUCAUUAACAAUGACAUUUGGGUCAAGGCACCCUUAAAAUUAUGGACAAUCCCGAGGCAUCCUUUACAUUUAUGGACAAUCCCGAGGCACCCUUUACAUUUAUGGACAAUGCCGAGGCACCCUUUAAAAUUAUGGACAAUCCCGCGGCACCCUUUAAAAUUAUGGACAAUCCCGCGGCACCCUUUAAAAUUAUGGACAGUCCCGUGGCACCCUUUAAAUUUAUGGACAGUCCCGAGGCAUCCUUUAAAAUUAUGGACAGUCCCGAGGCACCCUUUAAAAUUAUGGACAGUCCCGCAGCACCCUUUAAAUUUAUGGACAAUCCCGAGACAUCCUUUAAAAUUAUGGACAGUCCCACGGCACCCUUUAAAAUUAUGGACAAUCCUGAGGCACCCUUUAAAAUUAUGGACAAUCCCGAGGCACCCUUUACAUUUAUGGACAAUCCCGAGGCACCCUUUAAAUUUAUGGACAAUCCCGAGGCACCCUUAAAAUUAUGGACAAUCCCGAGGCACCCUUUACAUUUAUGGACAAUCCCGAGGCACCCUUUAAAA